GCAGCUCGGCUGGGCGGCGAGCGCGCGAAGCGGCAGCGGCGGCGGCGGCUGCAGGCGCACGUGGGGGGAGCUGUGCGUGCGCCCCGGCAGGCGGCGAAGGGAGCUGGGAGCGGCCGGCGCGUGGGAGCGGAGAGGGGGGCGUCCUUGGCUGGGAGCGGGACUGCUUUUCCUCGCUCGGCUUCCCUUCAUGCUGUGCUUGGGCGUCUCCGCGGGCCGAAGCUUCUGCAGGUACUCCGUGCAAGAAAGACCUCGCCUCACCUGCAAAGGAGUAAGGCGGCAGCGUCUCGGGUGGGAUCCGUUCGCCCCGCGUGGUAUCUGAAGGACGCUGGUGGGAGGGGGCCUGGCUGUCUUUUUUCCUCCUGGCCGCAAUAUCUUUUGUGUGGCACAAGUGUAUUAAGCGGCCAUGCCCUCCCUUCCGCGGUGGGAGUAGCCGUUUGGUAAAAUCGCUCCUGUAGUAUAGGUUAACCUCUCUAUCGCCUUCCCUUGAACUGUUUCCAGCGCCCGUUUCUUCCUUCAGAUGCUAAGGAAGAAAGCCAUACCUUAUUCUUAAGGGUGUUUCAAAUAGACGCAGAGGAGGGAAUCGCUGCGGUUUAGGAGUUGUCAUCUCUGAAAAAGAGGAUCCCACCCCACUUCAGCCCUCCUGAACAUAUUGGCCACCCUCUCCCUCCUUUAGGUGCCAGAAUGUGACGGAAACUAUCGAACAUGCAAAAAGAAAAAAAAAGGGGGCACACUAUGGGAAUCUAUUUAUUGUGACAUGAGCCUUUGCAGGCAGCAACCUGCAUUCAUGUGGGAUGCAUGCAACGAACGUCUGAUGUAUAUUGAGUCCACAUGUCAUGAUUUCAAUAGCAUUAGAUUUUUAGAUUAAUCUUUAUGGGACCAGUUGGGUGUAUGCUUUCACUGGAUUGCAGUUUGAGAAGUAGGAUUAAAGAGCACCCAAAUGUGCCUGCCUUGACUGCAUGAGAUCCCUUACUUAAUAAUACAAUACAGUUUCUGACACACCUUAAUCUAGAACAGUGACAAAAGGGCCCAGUUCAGUAAUCAUUUAGCAAAAGCAUUAAGUUGCUCAUGCAUUUUGGAGUUAAUUUAUUGAAAUGUGCUUAGCUGCGUUUGUAACAGACAUGCUUGUAUAUUUAAUAUAUGAUUGAGAAACUUGUAAAGCUAUUGUUCUUGUCUUUAGGAGCUAAAGUGAUUAUAACAGUCUGCCUGUAUAUAAUAUGCUAUGGUCCUAUACAUAUUUUACAGUGAUGAAGGUACAGGCUAAAAAAAAAGAAUUUCUAAGACACUAUCUGUGUUACUAAUGAGGGUGAUUGCAGGUUUUAGAUGCCAUUUGAAUAAGCAUGCCUCUGUGACAUAUUCUGAAAUCAUUGCUUUAGUCCAGCAGCCAUUCCUUUGCCAAUUUAGUCUUGUCUAAAUCCAUUAGUGGACCUGAAUUUACAUAGUUCUGCUUAGAAUCAGGCAGUAAAUCAGUGCAUGUUAAAUAUCUGAUACAUGAAAGACAGAUGAGUGAAUCUUACAGGAGAACUUAGAUAUGUACAGAGUGUUUUGAGUUUGAUGUAAGUAAAGUUUCAUCUCUACACGAGGCAUAAAUAAUGCAAGCUGCUUGUUGUCCUGAAGCUGUUCUUCAUAUUUUGAGCAGUGCUUCUGUCACCAGUCCCUAUGAAGUUACUUUCUAGUGUAAAUGGCCUUUAUCAUUGGUUGAAUGUUUGUGGGAUAAUCCUUGGUUAGACUUCUUAAGGUCAGAGAGCGAGUGGAGCAAAUGAGAGCAACAGAACAGUCCUCAUUUUCCUUUAUAUGUGCAUGUACUAGUUGCAGUGGUUAAUUGCAUGGCCAAGGAACGCCACAUCUGCAGAAAAAGUUUUUCAAGCUCUUAAUAUGGAGAUACUCUGUGAGCACCCUCCAAAAAUAGCUGUCUGUUCUUCCUGCUCUUUAAUUGAAAGCCACAAAGUGUGAUCUGAUCCCUAAACUACGCCCAGUCCUAAAUUCCCCUUGAAUGCCCAACACAACAUCAGUACAGUGAAUUUAUGCCAGGUGAUCUCACUCUAGAUCUCCUUUGGUUUUUUAUGGGAUGCAGUGAUGGGGAACACUGCACUAGCUACUCAGCUAACCCUUGGGCAUAUUUCAGAAGUACAUGGACCAUGCAAGAUUGAUAGUCCCAUGAUUCUGUGAACCUGUCAGAAUUCAUCCCACUACUGCUAUUAUUCAAUAAAAGCUGUCUGUAUUAGAUAUGUGUGCGUGUUCUCCUGAUGUUAGCGCUCCUUACUGCCAUUGUUACUCAGCUUGGAUGUCUUAAUGGUUAGGGCCCUAUAAUGAAAGCAGGCAGUGCUGUUUGUCACCCUACCAGGGCUUUGGAUCUGCAACUUGUCUAGGCUCUGCCAAUGGAUAAUAGCUCAAUGUUCUCCUGUAACAGCCCCUUCAGCAGUUACUUCUGGUGGGGCUUGAUAAUAAGGUAUGCUGGGGGAAUGGACUAAUAAACUGAUGCUCAAUACAGGUGAGACAGAGGUGCUGUGGUUGGGUAGCUUAUCUGCACAGAGAGUUCAUGUUGUACUUGACACAGUCACCUUUUGCCUGAAGGAACAGGCUCGCCACUUCAACGUUCUCUUUGAUGCAUAUUUGUCACUGAGGGCAUUUGUCACUUCUGUGGCAUGAAGUCCCUGUUAGCAGCUUAUAUUGGUGUGCUAGAUAAAGUCUGGACACAGAGAGAGUCUAACCAUAAUGUUCCGUGCUCUGCUACCCUCUAGGUUAGACUGUAAUGUGCUCCAUAUGACGCCUUUGAAAAAUGGCAACUAGUUCAGAAUGCAGCGCCUAGAAUACUAAGUGGGAUUGGUUGUCAUGAUCACACCACACUGGUGCUGUUGUAGUGGUAAAGCUGAUUUUGACCUUUAAAUCCCUUUACAGCCUAGGACCAGCCUAUCUCCUCAUGUGCCUACCCAAACGGUAACAUCUUCAGGACCAGGGGAAAGAAAGGCCUUCUCAGUAAUGGCAUCCAGUUAUGGAAUGCUGUCCCCAGAGAGAUCUGCCUGGCAGCUGUUUUGUUGUCCUGUCAGUGCCAAGCAAAUACCUCCUUGUUUUCCCAGGUCUUUUAGAGUUAAUUUUAUCCCUGCCAAUUGUAUUUAUAUGGUGAUUCCUGCCUUUUAGUCUUAACAUUUUCUGAUUAUUACCUGUGCCUUCCCCCCCUUCUUCUUUCUUGUUCUUUUUGCAUUUUCCUUUUAUGCAAAUCACACCAGCAAUGCCUGUUGAAGGACAGUAUAUAAUUUUUAAAUACUUUUUUAAUACUUAAAACAGGCAGAGUUGCCAUUUUGUUCCUGGCAAAAGGGUUUUUUGCUGGAUGUUUAUUGCUGGCCAGGGAUUCCAUCCGUCCCUUGUCUAAAUAGAGCCCUGGAGUUUGUGGCUGCAAGGGUCAAUUGCUGCCCUUCUAGGCCAUGGAGCCUCUCACACAGUAGAUUCUGUGUGCUGGUGGAUUGCGUCUUGGCGGGUUCAUAGACUGGAUUCUGUGAUAAUCUUAUGGCACACCUGCUUUCAUCCACUGUUGACUGGUUCCUUCCCUCCACAGGGUACUGCAGUAAUGGUGGCGUUAGCAGGGAUGCAGUGGAGUGGCUGCUGGCAUUGUUUCAUUCUUCUUCUUCCUUUAUGCUGGUAUUGUUUUGCUUUCUGCUCUGCCGCUGGGAAUACAUAGGAUCACAAUUACAUGAUGCUCCCACCGGAUUGCCCUGCCCAUCUUUUUGCAAGCUGCCAAAUUCAUUUUCACUUCUCUUGUUUAUCAGGGGACUGCUUUGUUGGAGAGAUAAGUAAUUUGUACGUUUUGACGUUUUAAUCCAUCGUUUGUAUUUCCUGGCGUUGCUGUGGUUCAGUUCCCAGGGUCUGGAGGUCUGUUGCUGAGAUUAAAUUUCAGCUUCACUUUACAUUGUCAGGUUUCUCAUGGUUACCUAAAUCCUGAUAACAGUUGUCAUAAAAAGGUCUAAUUGAAAUCUGUGGUUGGAACUUCACCCCGCCCCUCAAUAGCAAGCUUGAAUGUGUUUUGGAGCAUGAAUUGUGGGAUUGUGAGAACUCCUUUGUUUAUUUAUCCCUUGUACGUUUAGAGAAAAUUGGAAUAAUGAGGGGGCAGUGGCCUGCUGGUAGCUUAGAAAGCAAAUUUAGCCUUGGGAACAGAACUAUUAUGGGUAAGAGAGAAAACAGAAAAAAUUACUUUCUCCACACUCAAGCUGCUGCCAAGCUAUUACCUAAACCUUGUAUGUCAGACAGUUUCCCUCCUGAAAGGCUAUUCUCCACAUGCUGUCUCCCACACACUUGGUUUUCCUAAAGUUCUUUUUUUCUGAUACUACUAUUGUUCCUAUUGUGUUACUAUUGUGACAGACUGUGGAGGGGGUUGCCUUACUGACCAGUCCCCAUUUUUUAACUUAUAGGCUGCCACCAGGCAGAAUGGGUCUCUUUCUCUCUGUGCGAGAGAAUAUAUGAACCCUAGGGUGAUAUGAAACAAAGUUUUACUCAGAAUAGACCCACUGAAAUGAAUGGGCCUAACAUAAGCUUGGCUCUUUCCUAAAAUGGAUUGUUUGGCACUAUCUUGUUGUUGUUGUUUAGUCGUGUCUGACUCUUCAUGACCCCAUGGACCAGAACACGCCAGGCACUUCUGUCUUCCACUGCCUCCCGCAGUUUGGUCAAACUCAUGCUGGUAGCAUCGAGAACACUAUCCAACCAUCUCGUCCUCCUUCGUCCCCUUCUCCUUGUGCCCUCCAUCUUUCCCAACAUCAGGGUCUUUUCCAGGGAGUCUUCUCUUCUCAUGAGGUGGCCAAAGUAUUGGAGCCUCAGCUUCAGGAUCUGUCCUUCCAGUGAGCACUCAGGGCUGAUUUCCUUAAGAAUGGAUAGGUUUGAUCUUCUUGCAGUCCAUGGGACUCUCAAGAGUCUCCUCCAGCACCAUAAUUCAGAAGCAGCAUCUCAGAUUCCAGUGUCUCUGUGGCCAGCCAGAACAUUCCUAAGAGGGUAGUGCCACCUUUUUAACUCUACACCUACAUGUCAAAAGAAUGAGCCAAUUUUAUCCAGCUAUCUCUAAUGAAAAAAAGGAGUACUGUAAUUUCAAAAAUGUUUAUUCAGAGACGAAAGCAAAAAUAUGUUUAUUCAUCUUCAUAGUAGGUGUCUGAAUUCCCCAGACACUGGUUGGCAUUGUUGAGCUACAUCUGAAUAUAUGGUUUCGCCACACUAUAUAUGGAUUUGCCUCAAAUUUUCUGUCCCCUUUCCCAGUUUUCUUCUGGGCCUUCAUGUCUCUAAUCCCAGUCCUUAUCAAAACAUUUCAGAUGUAUAAAAAAACUUCAGAAUCUUUCAUCUCACCUUAUAUUUCUUAAUAGUUAAUCUCCACAAGUGCACCUGUAAUUUCCAGUUAACCCAGUUUUUGCUAUAUUGCUUCUUUUGCUAUUUAGUUUCUCCCCUCCUUCUAUUUACAGGGCAGGUGGUCCAAGGGUUUUACUCAGAAUGACAUUAGGAACAGAAAUUACUUCAGCUUUCAAGGCCUCAUCCUGUAGUGCAUCAGACCGAAACUUCUUGAAAUGGGAUUUGCCGCCAGAGCAAAUUAGAACAAGGACUGAAAAACUUAUCAAGAAAACAAAGCAAAUCUACGACAGCAUUGGAAUGCUUGAUAUGGAAGAGGUUACUUAUGAGAACACUGUACAGGCUUUAGCAGAUAUAGAAGUGGAGUAUUCAGGUAAUUGUGACAUGGCUAAGUAUCAAUUUCAAUUUGCACCAGAAGGGGAGAGACUAAACUUGUGAAAUAAGAUUUCUAAGUACAGGUGCUUAUAGCUAAAUAUAACAGCAGGGGCAUGAUAUAGUAUGGAAUUAGAUUUUCAGCAAUGUGAUUUUAUAACAACUUUGAAUUGUGCAGGCUAGGUAGGAAGUUGACCAUUUUGGGCUUUGCAUGCAUAUGGAAUUAGCUAAGAAAACACUUUUUCUGCCUGACUUUCUACGAAAAGCUCAAACAAAUCUUGAAAUAGUAAUAGGUUUUUUUUUAUUAACAAAAUCUAGAUAAUUUGUUCAUAGUAGGAAGGUCUCUUCCUCCAAAUGACUAGUACUGAGUACUGCUGUUAUCCUCUGUCUUUUGUUUAUUUUGGCGUUGUUUAUUUUUGGUUUUCUUUUAGUGGAAAGAAGCAUGCUGGAUUUUCCACAACAUGUCUCACCUGAUAAAGAUGUCCGUGCAGCAAGCACAGAAGCUGAUAAGAGACUUUCUCACUUUGAUGUUGAGAUGAGCAUGAGAGAAGAUGUAUUCCAAAGGGUUGUCCAUUUACAGGUAAAACAGUAGGGAAGAUUACUUGUCAGCCAUUUGCCUAGGUGCCUUAUAAUGCCAAGUCUUUCAAGGGGUUCGACCUAUGUGUUCAGUGCUUUUCAGCAUCUCUGUUAAUUUUUUUUACUUAAGAAAUGGAGAGAUAGCUGUGUCUGCUCUGUUUCAAUAGAAAGCUGGAAGAAAUGGUUAACACUUCUCAAGGAGAAUUCAGUAAGAAGAAAUGACCUGUGGUUUACACAGCUGCUCCAGGCAGUGGAGAAAAAAAGGAAUUGCAACGUAAUCAGUUAAAUAUGUUUUCAUUUCGAUGGUUGAAUAUUUCUGAUCGUUUAAUAUUUCCUUAAAAUAAAACACCCGUUGGCUUGCAUCCAAACAUCACACAAGAAAAUCACAACUCAAAAUAAAUCAGGAAGGGGGAAAAUCACAAUAAAAGCAAAUCUAAUAAAAACAAUUUCAGCAUUAACUCGUCAGAUUAAGAUCAGUACAAAAAAAAGAAAAAAGCAGACCAAGUAGGACAGCCCCUGGCUGUCAUGGCAGUUUUAGCUGAGAUUCCUGCAAAACAGGGGUUUGGACUAGAUCACCCACAGGGACCCUUCUGACUUUACAAUUAUGUGGUUCAUUGUAUAUCUCCCCCUGCACGCGUGCACACCAGGACUUAGUUCCAGAGUUUAUGGAGUUGAAGUGCAUUUUGCAUCCAACAUAUCUUGCAAAAAUGAAUUAGGCCCCAUCAGCUGUUAGAACGUUUCUAUAGGGAUAUACUAGAAUGUUGAACAGAAUAUCUCACUCUUUGCUCAGGCCAUUUUUACAGCACUUAUUGAAAUACUUUAUUGUCACUUCUACAAGUUGUAUACAGUGAGAUUACACUUAGCCCUGUACUUGCUCUAGAAACUGAAGGCCGUGGAAUAUUUCUCCACCAUUGUUUGAUAACUGGAACUCAUUUUCUCUGCACCUAAAUAAAUCUUUUGUAGCUGAAAUCUAGGUCAAUUAAGAAAAGCUUUGCUAUAGUUAGCAAUGGGUUUUAGCAAUGCUACGGCUUGUUAGAAAACAUUGGUCGUGCGCAGGAGCAAUGCACUUCUUUGGUGAUGUUAACUUAUUGCACAACAUUCAGAUUAGACCAUCCUUUACAUACACUUUCAUCUCAAAGUAGUCACUUAUGUAAGUGGCACAUGUAGACAGAAUAAGAGGCUGAUAUGAAGACAGGCUGAUACAAUUCCACUGCUGAGCAUUUGAAUAGGCCUUAAUAUAAUAUCUGUUAUUUGCUAGUUACAGUUAAGUGUCUAUUGUUAGCAGUGUACAAUGAUAAAAGUAAAGAUGAACCCUGUUUUUAGGCUGAUAGUCUACAAAAGCUGCUUGUGAAUGGUGUUGCAAAUGCUUUAUUUAUUGGAGAUGCAGCUUUUACUAUACGGUGAAAUGUGAUCACUUGUGUGUGUCACAAUUUGGUUAUCUUCAUAGUCAUAUAUUUUAAUCCUACUGUAGCAUUUUUACUUUUUUGUUCAAAUCAAAAUAAAGCAGGAUUUUUUUUCAUUAUUUAUGAUCAUGUUUGAGUUAACGCUGUACUUGAAGAGCCCAUGUCUUACUAAAAUUCCCACCACUCUUUUGGUUACUUGCCUUGAAUUGCUUUUUAAAAAUGUUUUGCUGUCAACAGUUUUAUUUUGUUGUUUGAACAAGAGGGAUAACCCAUCAUAAACUGCUGCUUCUCUUCCUGGUGACAGCUGAAUUACAUUUGUGACAAAUUUCUACACUAUUCAUUGGAGGGUUUUCAUUAUAAAAAGAAGCAAUGCUCAGUCAGGAUGCCUCUGUCUAAAAAUGCUGGUUCUAAGGGAUGGACUUUUGCCAACUUUGGCUGCCCUCCACAGUGUAGAUCUUGUGAUCUUAUGUAUAGGACUGGGAGAAAAUGGCCUUCUGAAGUCCUCCAGUUUAUUUGUAAGUGGGGGGAAUAGGGAGGAGGCAUAAUUGGGGGGGCAAAAUUCUCCAACAUUUUCAGAGUUAGAAAAACAAUUCUCAGAAUAAAAUUCUUUUAUGGGAAAUUUUGGUUCAGAAAUUUUGAACUCCGUUACAUUGCUAGGUCAUCCUGAAGGAAGCAGUGACCUAAAAGGAUUGCCACAUCACUUCUGCCAACAAUAUUAAAAUGCCAGGGGCUGCCACCCCUGCUUGCAUUACUCACCAACCCCACCUACCUGUCACCCUCUGCCCAAUCCCUCACCCCCUUGCCAGUCCCGCUUUGCAGUUUGCCCCAAGCCCCUUUUUCCAGUUCGAAAGCACACCAGUGCAAGUAGAUAAAUAGGUACCAUUGCGGCAGGAAGGUAAACGGCGUUUCCAUGCGCCCUGGCACUCAUCACGGUGUUCCAUUGUGCCAGAAGCUGUUUAGUCAUGCCGGAAAGCUGUCUGUGGACAAAUGCCGGCUCCCUCGGCCUGAAGCAAGAUGAGCGCCACACCCCGUGGUCAAGUUUGACUGGACUUAACCGUCUAGGGGUCCUUUACCUUUUUUUUUUUUAACAUCACCCUACCCUACCUUCUUUUCUUCCCAUGGUGGCAGCAGUGGAGACUUGGUUCCUCUCUGUUUUGGUCCCUCACCCACCCACACAUGAGCAGAUGUGGUGAGUGUCCUGACUCCCACUUUCAGACUUGGAACUCAAACUACUGGUUUAAAGGUUUUAUUCCAAAAAUCGGUAUGGCAUCCCAGCUUAGAGCAGUCUACAGGUUACAUAGUUCUAAGGCAAAGCAGAGCUCUAUGGCUGCGCAUAAGCUAAAACAGCAUCCCAGCAAUUGACAUGCCCUUUGGACUUUCCUUUUGAAGAGUGGAGUGGGCACAGUCAUUCACAUGGCUGAACUUCUGAGCCUCAGGACUGGCCAAGCAAGCUCCUACUCCUUCAGGUUGGCUGAUUUUGAAGGGUCUGUUAAAAAAUUGGUGCCAUCACCUCUACAUCCUUGGAGACAGAGAUGGAGAUGGCUGGGCUUGGCCCAUAGUCAGAUUGAUCCUUAAGUACCUCCCCUGAUUAGGAUGGCUCUUUAUUGACAGCAGGUGGCACCCAGCUGUGCUAUAUCAGUCAGCUGUAAGGUAAAGUCAGGGUAUCCAAUGGUACUGAGGAGGCGUCAUUCCUCUGACAACAUAUUUGGCUCUUCCCCCAAGUCUGAGCCUCCCCACUCCCAACCACUGGGACCCUCUCCAGGGUCAGAGUCCUCCUGUAGAUCCUGUGCAUUAUUUUAUAUAAUGUUUUUCUUUAUUGUUCAUGGUACAGAAGAUACAUUUUGAGAAAAGGAUCCUUUGCAUCUUGAGCACUCUCUCCCAGCCCUGUGGGCUCCUCCCCUGGAUCAGAGUCUUCCAGCUCCCUGAACUACUCUGAGCAACGAAGAGGGCUGAUUUGCAGAGGACCCUGGGGAGAGCUGCAGGGUGGUUGCUUUCUGAUUCACGGGAGUCUGAUGCUGAGGAUCCUAGGGAGGGUCCAAGUUUGUGGGGAGGGGGAUUUCCCUCAACCUACUCUCACGCCCUGCCUUCCUCUCCAUUGCUGUUGGAGUCCUCCUCUGACACUUCCACUGUGCCUACCUGCCGCUCCCUUCACCUCUGGAGUUGUCAGAUGCUGGGUCUAGCCUCAUCUCUCCAGAGGGGGCUGCUCCACCUGUCCAGUUCACCCCUCGUUAAGCAGGGACACCUCCCCCAUCACUCGGGCCCUAGAGACACCAACAGAGGCACGAACAGAUGGAAGAGGGCUCAGCCUUUCACGUGGGAUGCUAGAUGGCUUGCUAACAAAUGGAAUUGCUUGCCAUGCUAAAUCGUGCCCACCCUGUUUCCUUAUCAUAGGAUUGAAGGAGGUGUUGGAUCAGCUUCUUCAGCUGAGUAGCCAUGUCACCUGCUGUGCCUUUAUCUGUGCCACUAAGCAUGUGUAUUGCCUACUGUGCCUUUGAAUAACACACUUGCAUCUGUAUCACAAUAAUCUGGGCAUUAAAGCUUUUGGAAAAACAGGUCACCCAAGUCCACAUUUGUCAGCAAGUGGGAGCCAAGACAUCUUCCUGCUCAUCUGACUAAUCCCAUCAAGAUAUCUCCGUGGUUUUCAGAUCACCGGCAGCAACAUUUCCUAAAAACCUAGAUUAAAAUGGAGGAUAUAUAACAAAUAAAACGGGGCAGUAUACAAAACAAUUAAAAGUGUAGGAGUCCCACAAAGCUUGGAUAAACAUAUAUGUUCUUAAGAGGCAUUUCAAGGUCAUUAAAACAUAAUACCCAAUCAUCCAAACCAUCAAUCCAUGAGGUUAAAAGUACUUGAUGCUGGGACUGGACCACAAGUCGAGCCUGAAUGUAAAUUGGGGGUGGGGCUCCUGGGAAACCACAAUGAGCUUGGGAUGUAGGAAAUCCACUGAUGCGGGGAAUAAAGAGCUACUCAGAUAGGGAGAGGCAGCACCAGUGGCAAGGAGGCUUGUCCGUCUCCAUCUAUAAAAAGAUAGAUGCCUAGAGAGGAGGGUUAAACACAUAUAUUUAGAAGGGCUAAACGCAUAUAUAUUCACAAAAGCAAGAGUGGGAGGCUUGUGAUUUCUUCAAGUGUUGUAGGACUCCAGAUCUCAUCAGCCCCAGAUAGCAUGGCCAGUAUCAACUGUGAUGAGAGUUGUAGAUCAAAACCACAUAGAGGACCACCUUACCCUAAAUAGAAUACAGAGGCUGAGUGAAACCUGCCUUUUGAGACCCUGCCUGAGGCAAAGUUUUUGAACAGUGAUAACCUUAUCUAGGAAACAACUUUGUGUUGCACUGUUCGGCAGCUGAAGAACAGGGAUUAAAGGAAUGUACCCUUGCCUGAAGUAUGUGUAGUGAUCUCCUUCCACCUUUGCCUUGUGAUUGGAUUUGCCCACAAUCCCAUCUGAAUUAAGUGCCCUGUGUUAAGAGGACAGAAGUUUGUUGAAUGCCCGACACACCAAAGAGAUCUGGACAAUGUUAAGGAAUACUGCUGUUGUAUAAUGCGGCACGGAUUAUCUCCAAAAUGUACUAAAAGUACUAUCCAGUGCUAGGUCCAACUCAAGAGUAAAACCAUUGAAAUUAAUGAACAUUACUAAUUUAGGUUCAUUAAUUCAGUGGGGAUACUCUUGAGUAGAACUUAAUUGGAUACAGUCCUGAUGUAGAAAAGGGUGCUGACAUAAAACAGAAGAAAAGUGUUCUCUUUUCCAGAUGUUGAAAAAUAAUGUCUUUCGGGUUUUACACAAAGCUCUUUUUUUGUGUUCCACCUACAUACAAAUCAUGCACAUAAGCAGGGAGAGUGGAUGAGUUUGCUAAACUCUGCCCUCCCCCCACCUUACCCCCUGCCACCAUCUAACUCAUGGAGGGUGAAAGACGGAAGCAGUGAGCCUCCCCUAUGCAUAGAGGCUCCCUGCAUGAUUCAGAACCCUCCAUAGCACCUGGAAUUGGGCAUGGACUACUUGUUGCGGCCAGCGGAUUUAAUUUAUGAAUAACAACUCAAAACGAAGUACAGUGGUACCUUGGGUUACAGACACUUCAGGGUACAGACGCUUCAGGUUACAGACUCUAACCCAGAAAUAGUACCUCGGGUUAAGAACUUUGCUUCAGGAUGAGAACAGAAAUCGUGCAGCAGCGACAGGAGGCCCCAUUAGCUAAAGUGGUACCUCAGGUUAAGAACGGACCUCCAGAACAAAUUAAGUUCUUAACCUGAGGUACCACUGUAAUAGUGAUUUUGGGUUUGCAUAGUGCAUUUUCUCCAACGAGCAACAUCUCUGCUCAUUGUGGCUUAUCCAUUACCUUGGCUAUCCUCCAACCCUUCUAUUAAGUUGUUUAUUCAUACUCUCCUCUCUUCCUGUUCUGAAAUGUGCCCUGCUCAACAAAGUGCUGAUUACUUAAGUGUGUUGUUGCAAGGUCUCUGUAUUAGGAGAUGUAGAAAAGGAAAAGCUAAUGGUUUGUUUGCAAACAUUUGAAUGUAGCUGGAGACAGGAAGAUACCUGAUAGAUGUUUCAGGCACAGUGUGUGUGAAAACUUAAACCAUUUCUCUACUUGGUUGGCCCUAAACACCCUGAUUGUUAAUUUAAAUGCUUGGAAGUUGCUCCUUCCCACCUCUCCGCUGCCACUUAGUUCCAGGUAAGAAUGCAUAGAUGGCAGCCUAAUUUGUCUGUAUCUGCCUUCUUCAAAAACGCCUUCAUCUCUGAGCAGUGUGACCCAGCUGUAACAUGAAACGUCGUUGCUUGCCCUUAAUGUUUGCUCCCUGUGGAAAAGCCCAGUGUGGCAGCUGGCAUGCUUUGCUCUAGAAUUCCUCAAACAAAAUCAGUAUUUACCCAACAGUAUUCUAUUAGUUAACAUUUUAUUCUCACACACCAUGUGCAUGCUUGUGAAACAGAGGGGCAGCAACUUUUGCUCACACCACUAGGCAUGACUGAAUGAAUUAUACAGGGUCCCCCCCGCCCACUAAGUUGUGCUAUAGUCCUCAUUCAUGUCUAACCUCUUGCUAGGUGGCUUGCACCAGUUGCUGCCCAUCUGUACUAUGCUGAUAACACCUUUCAGGAUUGUUGUGUGUGGAGGAUUGCUGAAUAUGUUGGUCAAGAUCUUUGAACAUUCUACAGGAGGGGUAUCUAACCUGGUGCCCUCCAGGUGCUGUUGGACUACAUUUCCCACCAUUCCCUGACCACUGGUCAUGGUGACUAAGGUAGAUGGAAACUGUCGUCCAACAUCAUCUAGAGCGCUACAGGUUAGCCACCUCUGUUGUAAAGAAUGACAAAAAUGGUUUCGACAUAGUGUUAACUUUUUGGAAAAUAUCCUUGGUGUGUAGUAGAAUGCUGAUAACUGCAUCAUUAGAUCAAUGUGAAAAAAACAAUAUUUCACACACACACCAGAAAUGUACAAUUCAAAUAAAUAGUGAAUACUGUCUACCUCUGUUCAUUUUGCAUAUGAGGCACAGGCAGUGGUGGUUGCCAAUGUGAAAGCACUUACCUGACUGCCCAUUGUUUUUGAGAUUCAAACACCCUGGCAGGAGCACUGAGUUACACCACACCAGUCUCCCCACUGUACCCCCCUGCUGCCUCCCAGUAAGCAGUGGCUAUGCAGGUGACGGGAAAUCAGGUGAAUAACCUGCCAACUCCUACUGGGCAUAGAUAAACUCUUUCAAUAUUGGACAAAAGAUUAAUGUUUUCUUUAGUAAAAUGCUUGAUAUAAUACGUGUGUGUGUGUGUCCCCAUCCAUGAUUAAGAAGAAGACAGCCACCGUUCUUGUUAUUCCUGUGAUGCUCACUGAGCUUUUAAUAUGCUACAAAAUGGCUAAAUAUCAUCAUCUACUUUCAUUUCAGCAAACAUGUGACAUUGAGACUUUAAGGCCUGAAGCCAAAAGAUACCUGAAGAAGUCAAUAAAAAUGGGGGAAAGGAAUGGUCUUCAUCUUCCUACAGAAGUACAAAAUGUAAGUAUGACAUCCACAGAUAGUAAAAAGGGAUAAAACAAGAACAUUCCAAACAGUAUGGUUUUUGAGGGAUUGGUAGUUUCCUUAGACAAGAAGUCCCAACUGCCAUAUCCUCACCGUAUGGGGCAUUCAGGCUGACACACUUCCACACUACCUUCAGAGCUUCACAGUAAACAAUGGAAGAAGCACGCCCAGUGACAAUGGAGGUGGCAUGCCUUCCUCCAUCCCUCUUCGAUCCAAGCUGAAUGCAGGAAGAAAGCUAGGAUCACAGAUACGGAAGUAUGCACUUUAAUUGAUGGAUUUAAACUCUAUAUACAUGACUUGAGUAACUCAGGCUGAUAUACUGAAAGUGUUCUUUGUCCUUGGCAAAUAAAUUAGCAUGUUAAAACUGUUGUGCUAUUCUGAUUGUUUGUUUUUAAUAAAGGUUAUCCUUCUCCCAUCUUUCUCUCCUAUUAAGGAAAUCAAGAUAAUAAAGCAGAAACUGAGCGAACUAUGCAUUGACUUCAGCAAAAACCUCAAUGAAGAUAAUACAUUCCUGAUAUUUUCUCAAGAUGAACUUUGUGAGUAUGUGUGUGUAUUUACCAAUUGCUGUUGAGAGGAGGUGUAUGCAUUUUUGUAUUAACGCUGUCAAAUGUUUAAGUGUUAUGCUGCUAAGUCUUCCAGAUAUGUGUAAGCAUUGUCUCAAUCAGCCAUCCUCAAUCAAGUACCCCACAUAUGUUUUGGAUGCCCAUAUUGGCUGGGGCUGAUGGGACUUGUAGUUGAAAACAUCUGGAGAGCACCAGGUUGGGAAAAGCUACCUCAGAUACUUCUCAGCUUCACCUGUCAAAAGUAUAGUUAACAUCUUGCUCUCAUUUCCACUUUACUUGCAAUGACCAUUUCCCCACAGCUGUAUAUUGUUAGUUUCAUAUUUUCUAUCUUAUUUGGGCCAUUUCGAUGGAUGGAAGAAUGUUUUAACUCUAAUUGCUUUUAGAUGAUGUAACUGUUUUUAGAAUGUUUUUGUUGCUCAUAGUGAAUUAGCAUGUUUACUUCAGUUUAUGCUGUUAACAUGUAUGUAUGUAUGUAUGUGAGAAUGUAUAGACCAGGAGUGUGGGACCUGUGCCCCUUCAGAUGCAGCUAGACUAAAACUCCCAUCAUCACUGACAAUUGGCCGUGCUGAUGGGACCGGGAGUCCAAAAUAUUUAGAAGGCUACAAGUUCAUUAAGCAGCUAAUAAUGGAAACCGUAGGGUUGUAAUUUUAAAAAUGCAUGUUGACAGUAGAAAUCAGCCGGGUAAUUAAACAGUUGUGAUGGUUGCUAUGUCAAACAUUUGUUGUAUUGUUUAAGAAAAUGUCUGAAAAGUAUCCUUUUUCCUAUAUCCCGUGUUCCUCAGGUGCCCUUCCUGAUGAUUUCAUCAGUAGUUUGGAGAAGACUGAAACAGACAGAUAUAAAGUUACCUUAAAAUAUCCACACUAUUUUCCUGUUAUGAAGAAGUGCAGUGUUCCAGACACCAGAAGAAGAAUGGAAGCUUCUUUUAACUCCAGGUGUAAAGAGGUAUGAGAGAUUUGUCCCACCCAUACCAAAGUGAGAUAAAAUAUAGGAAUAUGACUGAUCCAUGGCCCUUUAUGUACCUGGCUUGGUGGACUCAUUUUGAUUGUUUUCUCAUGGUAGUAGCCUAUAUUAUCCACAGCUGGAGAGGGGAACUUGUGGCCUUACAGAUGUUGUUGGAUUCCAGCUCCCAUCAGCCCCAGCCAGCAAGGUAGGGGAGAUGGAGUCCAAUGACAUCCAGACUGCCACAGAGUCCCCAUUUCUCUUCCAUAGUGCAUUGGGAAAUGAAUGAGUACAGAAAAUUCGCUUUUUUAAAAAAAGUGGCAAUCUUCAAAUUCUACAUAUUUACAAAAAUUAAAAAUAAAUAAAUCCUAACUUCCAUUGCCUAUAUGGGUUACUCAUUUAACAACUAGAGUUUUAGUACCGAUGUAUACCAAGAAGUAAAUAAAGGCAAGUUAAGCUUGUUAAAUGCUUUGGAGACCUCGGUGAUUAAAGAUGCAGCUGAACACAAAUUCAGAAAUGAGUGAGCAGAAAAAAAACCAUGUGGGCUUACAUGUUUUAAAGAAGGUGAAUAAUUGUCAAAAGAAAUUAAAAAUGUCAUCACGGGACAUUGGUUGUUGUGUCUUACAUUUAUAAAUAAUUUGUUGGCAAGUUUCAGAAUUAAGAUAACCAUUCCAGGAACUGAGUAGCAUAAAAUUAGCCUAAUUGAAAGGACAGCAUGUGAAAGUGCUAGAUUUGUUUCACUUUUCUUUUGAACUUUUCUGAAAACUACUUAAAAACCCAAUUAUGUGAUCAAAUAAACAGUGGAUCCCUAAGAACAAAGAGGAAGCUUAUGUAAGUAUCACAAUAAUACAUAUAAAUCGAUGAAGCUGCCUUAACUUAAGUGGGACCAUUACAGUAGUCUGUCUAGUUCAGUGCUAGAUCUCAGGCAGAGGCCUUUUCCAGCUCUCCUCCAUGAGAUCCUUUUAAAUGGAGAUUCCAGGGACUGAAUCUGGAAACUUUCACAUGUAAAAUGCAUGUUCCACCAAUGAGCUACAGCCCUUCCUGAAAUAAAGCAUAUGUAAAUUGUGGAUAAAGGUAAAGGUAAAGGUACCCCUGCCCAUCAGGCCCAGUCGUGACCGACUCUAGGGUUGCGCGCUCAUCUCGCUCAAGAGGCCGGGAGCCAGCACUGUCCAAAGACACUUCCAGGUCACUUGGCCAGUGUGACUAAGCUGCAUCUGGCGAGCCAGCACCAGCGCAGCACACGGAAACGCCGUUUACCUUCCCGCUAUAAAGCGGUACCUAUUUAUCUGCUUGCACUUAGGGAUGCUUUCGAACUGCUAGGUAGGCAGGAGCUGGGACCGAACGACGGGAGCUCACCCCGCCGCGGGGAUUCGAACCGCCGACCUUUUGAUCGGCAGGUCCUAGGCUCUGUGGUUUAACCCACAGCGCCACCCGUGUGGAUACUUGGCUACAAAACAUAAGGAGACUUUUUAAAAACAAACAAACAUAUAUAUUUUUAGCAUGUUGGUGUUCUCAAGAGUUUGAUGCAUAUUUCGUUCAAAACGUAUGCAAUUGCUGUCAAAAGUACAUUUUAUUCAUUGCAUUGUAUGAAGUAGCUUAAAGCCUUAAUUUUUAUUUCCCUAGGAAAAUGUUAGCAUUCUUCAACAGCUGCUUCCUUUGAGGGCAAAAUUAGCGGGAAUUAUGGGAUACAGCACACACGCCAAUUUUGUUCUUGAGCUGAACACUGCCCAGAUCACAGACAAUGUUACAGCGUUCUUAGGUUUGUUUUUAUUUAUAUAUGCAAAAGUAUCAAACAUAGUACUUGAAUCAUGGGGUAAAAUUUAUUGUGAAAAUUUACUGGGGGCAGGCAAAGAAAAGGAUCUGAUCAAGUAUUUUUAGCAUCUUUUUUCUACUCAAAACUCUAUCUAACUUUCAUUUUCUCUGCAUAUAUACUUGGAGAGUAUAAGAGAAUGAGUGUGAUUUACGAGAUUUAAGAGGACUUCUAUAACAUUACCUAGCACUUGCUUAACCAUUUAUUAGUUAUAAGUAGAAGUAAGCCAAGCAGUCAAGAGCACCUAGUUAACAUCCCUAAAUUUUAUAAAGUUGCUCCUCCAGUAAAUGCUACGCCAGCCUUUAAUUAAGAAGAAAUUAAUUGGAUAUUAAGCAUUCAGUAGGAAUUAACUAGACAGUAUUCUAAAAUGGGGGCUUAUUAAUAUAUCACAUCAGUAUCAGUCACAUAUAGUUAACUGCAUUUGAUGUUUGUUCUUGGCCUUCUGUUUCUGUUCGACCAAAUAGAGCUAAGAAUGAAAUGGUUAUAAAAAUGUAACGGCUGCAGUAAUGUAAGAAAAUAAGAACCCUGCUAGAUCAAAUCAAAGGCUUAUCUAGUCCAGAGGUCUGUAGACAACCAAAUGCCACUGGGAGGCCUCGAGAUGAGGACAAACAAGCUGGCAAAAGUAAUUGUAAUUGUUUCUCUUUUCAGAUGACCUAAGCAAUAAGCUGAAGCUUUUGGGUGAGGCUGAGAGAGCGUUUAUUCUAAACCUUAAGAAAAAGGAGUGUGAAGAAGCAGGGUUUGAAUACGAUGGCAGGAUUAAUGCAUGGGACCUGCAUUAUUACAUGAAUCAGACAGAGGAGCUCAAAUACUCUGUGGAUCAAGAAAAGCUGAAGGAGUAUUUUCCCAUUGAAGCCGUCACAGAAGGAUUACUGAAUAUUUACCAGCAGCUGCUUGGACUUGUAUUUGAAGAAGUGGAUGGUGCUCACGUUUGGCAUGAGAGUGUCACACUUUACACCGUAAAGGACAGCUCAACAGGUGAAGUUUUAGGGCAGUUCUACUUGGACCUGUACCCAAGGUAACUUUAUGAUUUAUAGCUAAGAUUAGUGGCGGUGGCUUUUCUUAAUGGCAUAUAUAUCUAGCUCUUCUUUCAAGGAUUUCAGCAUGGUGCAUGUGGGGUAUCUCACCUCCCUAUUUUUAUCUUCCUCGUGACACUGUGAGGUAGUUUAGGCUGAGAGAGCAUCACUGGCCCAAGCUCACUCAGUAAGCUCCUCUCUAACUGUGUCUUCCCCAACACAGUGCCCUCCAGAUGUUGUAAAACUACAACUCCCAGCAUGGCUAACGGUCAGGGAUGAUGGGAGUUUGUCCAAAACACCUGAAAAGCACCAGGUUUGACAAGGCUGCUCUGAUCACUAUAUUUCACUGGUUCUCUUAAUGAAAUUUUUAUUUACCAUAAAAAGUGUUCUAGUUAACCAGUCAUCAUAUGUUUACACUUUAAAAUUUAGUUUUAAUGCAGGUAGUUAAUAAAAAAUAACAGAUGGCAAGGACCAUCUUAUAACAGACAUUUCCCUUAUCUCUUACAUUGGAAAGAAGCCUCUUCUAAAGGGACUCCUGUUGCAAUGUAUGUGUAUAUCAACUAACUACAAAGAAAAGUAUGUUUAUUUCUUUAGAGCAGUAGAGUUGGCUCCAAACCUAGUCAUUCUUUAGAGUAAGGUAAAGGUAAAGGGUCCAGUCGUGACCAUUAGGUCCAGUCGUGACCGACUGGGGCUGCGGCGCUCAUCUCGCUUUAUUGGCCAAGGGAGCCGGCGUACAGCUUCCGGGUCAUGUGGCCAGCAUGACUAAGGUGCUUCUGGCGAACCAGAGCAGCGCACGGAAACGCCGUUUACCUUCCCGCCAGAGCGGUACCUAUUUAUCUACUUGCACUUUGACAUGCUUUUGAACUGCUAGGUUGGCAGGAGCAGGGACCGAGCAACGGGAGCUCACCCCAUCACGGGGAUUCGAACCGCCAACCUUCUGAUUGGCAGGCCCUAGGCUCCGUGGUUUAACCCACAGCGCCACCCCUGUCCCUAUUCUGUAGAGUAGCUCUGUUGAAAUCUGUGGAACUACCCGUAAGAAUGUCUGAGCUCAGAGCCAGUCCAUUUCUCCACUCAUGUGCAGAUGCAAUUAAUUUAUUAAUACACUAGGAUUUCUUGAAUCAGUGACAGCCUUGGUAAAACUCAUUAUUUUUAAAGGAUUAUAGUGUGGCUGAUCACAGCUGGUUAUUUGUGGAUGGAAAGCUGAGAGCCUGGCUAAGAUUUGUGCCAUUCCUUGUGGAUGCUCACAGUUUCCCCCCAAAGGAAUAACUCUGGGAACUGUUGUUGUAUUUGGCAUUCAUAUAUUUAGCAGUGACCUCUUUUAACACUGCUUCCUGCUAAAUGCUACUGGAAUUCAAGGACACAGGGCAGAUCCUAAUGCAACUAUGACUGCCAAGUGCUGCCAAAGUUAGUUUGUUUUGUAUUUCCAAUGUCCCUUUAUGGCACGUGCCUCAAAGCUUAAGGUGUUUUGCAUCCCUUAGUCUAUGAAACUGAACACUUGGACGGGAUUAACUUCUAAACCUCCUCAGGCAGCCCUUAUAGCUAGGCUGUAGAACAGAAAACUAGGUGCUUUUGGCUGAUGAACCUGCCAAACCAACAUAUCUAAAUUGAUAUAGUGCCCAGUGGUUUCACUAUGCUUUGAGGGAUUGCUUGUUUUUAUUCCCAUGUCGUUCAUUUCUAAGCAUAGUUUCCUCGAAAAGGAGAAGGAAUAAUGUUUAGUAGGAAAUCACUGCACUUAAGUUUUCUUCCUCAUCAGGGCUGUGGCUUACUUUCACCACAAUGUCAAAUCAUGGCUUGGUAAUAGACAACAUCUCUGUGGUGUCUGCAACCUUUGUCUCCGCUCUGUCACCUGGUUCACACACAAUGCUAAGCCAAACCAUAAACAAGCAAACAUGCAGGUUCUCAAUAAAGGAUUGUGGCUGCUUUGCUCCUCCUCUGGUCCUGCUCCCAUGGGCUAAGCACCCCAUCUUUUAAGAAUUUUAAGAAAGAAUAACUGCACCCCGAAGGUGUGUUGAGAACCAGAUGUUUCUGACCAAGACACUCUUAUAUCCACUGCCCUUCUGUAAUGGCGUACAAAUCCUGUAACUCCUAGAAAUGCCUGGCGCUCAAGUAAAAGGAUAAAGGAGGGGGAAUAUGAGGGCAGAAGUCAAAAGGCAAUAGGCUCCAGAAAUUAUAAUGUGGUAAAACAUAACUGAUGGUCUGCAAAAGGUGUUGAGGGGAACCUUGUUGCAACUGUGAUAGUCUUCCUCAUCACAAGGAAGAUUUGAUAUUGUGGUGAAAGUAAGCCACAGCCCUGAUGAGGAAGAAAACUUAAGUGCAGUGAUUUCCUACUAAACAUUAUUCCUUCUCCUUUUCGAGGAAACGAUGCUUAGAAUGAACGACAUGGGAAUAAAAACAAGCAAUCCCUCAAAGCAUAGUGAAACCACUGGGCACUAUAUACAUUAUGGAGUUUAGUGUCAUGCAUUAUUGUUUGCACUUGGCUUCAUAGUUCCAAAGGAUAACAUAAUUAGAUUCCAUUCCUGAAAUCUUUUUAAACAUUAAAAGGAAAGGCUAAUGCUUCAGGGAGUAAGAUCUGUCAUUUCCCAUGACUAAGGAUAGCUUACAGUAAAACUGACACAAGGAAGCAGUCAAAUUUCCCUCGUGGUAUCAUGUCAAUUUCAGGAAAGAAAGAAAAAACAUUAUUUUAUGUGCUUAUAUUCAUAGAGCUGAUGCUGUUGUUGUUUGAGUAUGGUGGCUAUAUAUAUAUGGAAAUGUGAAAUGCUUUCUUGUUAAUAGCUAUUCCAAGAAAAGGAUGUUGUUCUCUAAUAUUGGUAUGCAAUGCCAAAUGAUUCACUUUUUCAUUGUGGUAGUUUGCUAAACAUGUUUUUGGCCUAUUUCUUACUCAGAGAAGGAAAGUAUGGUCACGCGGCAUGCUUUGGACUCCAGCCCGGCUGCCUCCUCUCUGAUGGCAGCAGAAUGAUGUCAGUAGCAGCCUUGGUAACCAACUUCACAAAGCCAACACUAGAUCGCCCAUCACUGCUGCGACAUGAUGAGGUGAAAACCUACUUCCAUGAGUUUGGACAUGUAAUGCACCAGAUAUGUGCACAGGUUAGUGUCUGCCUUAUUCCUCAGACAAAAUAGUAAAUCUUCUAGUGUGGUUCUGUGAACGUGAGCUUCCAUUUUGAAAGAAGACAACAGAUCAAAGAGCUGCAUGUCAACUUCCCCCCAACUGAAGAAAGAAAACUUUUAUUUCAAAUAAUUAAGAAUUAAUGGUAAAUUUGGAUGGGCUCUCCAUUUACUUAGAAAUAUUUCCCGUUUAUAAAGUUUCUUUGUAUAAUUCAGAUUAAAAGCAAUCCUUGGUAAAUCCUGAUCCCAUGAAUGUCAAGGGCAGGCUUGCUAAUUGACUUUAGCAGAAGUGCCAUCCCAUCCCUGAUGACCCCGGUUAUUAGGAAUAGAAUCUGCUUGUACCUGUGGAACCACAUCUUCAGUUCUGAUUCUCUAUUGCUCUAGAGUGCUACAGUGGGACACCUCAGAUAAAGAGACUGAUUUGCCUCUGUGCAUAGAUCUGGCAAACGACCUCCAAUUCCACUGGCCCCACACAUCUCAGUUGUGGCCCAUGUGCAUAGGUCAAAAUUGCUGUCUUUCCCUAUUUUCUGGGUGUUGACUGUGUGAUGUUGGCCUGUGCGUGUAAUAUUUUAUGCACGUAUAAGAACCAGUGUGGUGUAGUGCUUAUUAGGACCUGGGAAAGCAAAGUUCAAAUCACUGCUCAGCCAUGAAGCUCCUUGGGUGACUUUAGGCCAGUCUUCAUCUCCUAGCUAAAUCCACUGCACAGGGUUUAUGAUAAAAUGAUAAGGGAGGAUGGUAGGCUAUUAAUAAUAAUUAGGCUGUAACUUGGACAAGCUGUCCCCAUGCAUAAGGGCUGGAUUAGCCUUCUUGUGUGUCAUCUGACCCAUUCCAGAAUGUUGGAAGAAUGGUUUAUACAGUGUUUGUAUAAACCUAUAUGUGCAUAUAUAAAAAUCUUUUGCAAAAUCGACUGUAAUUUAAUAUGUAUGUGUACACUCAUUGGUUUAUAUUUGUUCUCCUCUUUCAUAGACUGACUUUGCUCGGUUUAGUGGAACUAAUGUGGAAACAGACUUUGUAGAGGUACCUUCACAAAUGUUUGAGAACUGGGUUUGGGAAAAAGAACCCCUACAAGAAAUGUCAAGGCAUUAUAAAGAUGGCAGCCAUGUCCCAGAUGAUCUCGUUGAAAAACUGGUAGCUUCUAGGCUAGCCAACACAGGUAUUCCCUUCUCUCUGUCUUUCCUCCCCACCCUCUCUCUCUUUGCUGUAGUUUUACUUUAUGUGUGAGAAAAAGCAUCCCUGACAUAUUCUGAGUGAAAAAGAAUGUCAUAAAAUGACAACUGAAAGGGACAGGCAAGGAAGUGUGGAUGAGCUGCACUGCACUGAGCUCCUUCGGCCGUGUCCCUCCCCCUCUUAGUUUCUUUUUAUGAUAUUCUUUCACUCAAGGAUGCUCAGGCUUUUCCCAGCUCAUAACACAUGAAUGCAUCCUUGGUUAGCUGAACCUAUCGAGUAUCCCCCAAAUUAACUCCCCCCCUUAAUUGAUAUUCUUCACUUUGUAAAUGUUUUUAUGGACCCUGUUUAGUUUUAGUUGGAAAGAUUGGGGGGGGGGGACAAGGGGAACUGCACAAGCCUCAGACCUACUCUAUUCAUCUCCCCACCCCCAAUAUAAUCUAGGAAAGGAAAUAUCAGAUAAAGAGGACCCAUGUCUUACAAGCAAUUUGUCCUGUAUUUAAUAUGCAUCCUAUUAAAAUGUAAAUUUGCCACAUUUUAUUUUUUGUUUGUUCAGUUCUUUCAAUUUAAAGUGGAUAAUGACAUUUCCUCUGUAUAAUUCUACUCAACUAUAAGUACUUGGUAAUCUGUUUCUUUCCUAUGCUCCUUUCCUAGGCUGCAAUUUACUGCAUUAGCAUCUUAACAAACUCCUUGCCCUUUUCUUGCCGGUUAGUUGAAAAUUGUGUUUUGAUCCUCUUCUUUGUCUAGGUCUUCUGACACUUCGUCAGAUUGUGUUGAGCAAGGUUGAUCAGUCUGUCCAUACAACAUCUUCUGCUGAUCCCGCUAAGGAAUAUGCCAAAUACUGUGAUGAAAUUUUAGGAAUACCUGCAACCCCAGGUAUGAAAACUUGAAGCUUCUAUUUUACUUUAUAAACUCUUUGUACACACCAUGUUACUUUUUUUGAACACCAGCUUUAAAAACAACAAACUGUUACAACAUUCUUUUUUAGGAAUGAUGGAAAAACUUCUCAGAUGGAUGUUUUGCUUGACUUUUUUUAUUUUGCCACCUUAGGGUAAACAAACCUAACAAAUAAAAACAUAUUUUUUUUAAUUAUUUCCCGUAACACAGAAAACCUGGAUGCAGAAUCCUGGAUACUUAAAUCCAGAAUUCUGUGAGCAGAGUUCUGCUUAUUAAACAGGGUUUCUUUGGCGUUGGCCCCUCCUGCAUCUCCUAAAAUGUGCUCCAAAGGUUGCGGGAGGGGGUGUCACCUGGAACAGUGUGGGAGAUGGCACAGGGAAUUACAGUGGGAAGGAAGAAUUGACAAAAAUAUCCUCCCCUCUGUUGAAUUCUCCUUCAGAUCAAAUGCCUUAGUAUGAACAGGUCAGGCCAAUGAACUCAAAGGACAGCAAAGUGUUAUACCUCUUCUCUCCACCACAACCAGCAUUCUGUCUCACUUUUCUCUUGUCAGAGCCAAGCAAGAAGAGAGGGACUUAGGCAGUCUCCCGUCUGACUGUGCACUGCACAGUACCCUGUUCACAGUGCUGAGAGUUGAGGAUCACUACCAAAGCUUGGAGACAGCACCUCGUAUCCUAGGGCAGUUUUGGGGGCUCCAGUAGGGCAUGCUAGCAUGGAUACCUGCUCCAGGCUGUCCUCCAGCCAAGCACCUGGGUCCGAGAGCCGCCAUUUUAAUUUCUUUCAGUGCCUCAGAUUGACACUACAUCAGGCAUUCUAGGGUGGCUCUUGUGUGCCCUUGAAGAACACUAGCUCACUCAGAACACUGGCAGGUGGCAGAAGAGGCUGGCUUCCCAGGGAAAGGUUCAGCAUGGUCAAGAGUUCUGUACUGUCUUUCAUGUACAUGAUAUUUGCUUGUUAUAUCUGUGGAUCCUCUAAGAUGUUCUCAUGUAUGUGGAGUUCUCUUAUGAUUUGGCUAGGCCAGAUCUGCUUGACUUCGGAGAUGUAACUAUAUCAGAUGCUCUUCUCUGAAACAUUCUGUCUAAAGCCUGAAUGUUUUAUCAGUGUCUCCCAUGUUCCCCUUUCUUACACUGUUUUUAAAGGUACAAAUAUGCCAGCUACCUUUGGACACCUGGCAGGUGGCUACGAUGCCCAGUACUAUGGCUACCUAUGGAGUGAAGUUUUCUCAAUGGAUAUUUUUUACAAUUGCUUUAAGAAAGAAGGAAUAAUGAAUCCCAAGGUAUGGAAACUUCCUUUAUGAUGCCUGCUAGAAAGUUCAAUCAGUUCAAGGAUUUUCUGUAGUCUCAAAAAUAUGGUUUACUAGAAAGGAUAUAACUGGGAAGUUUGAAUUCACAGGUUUUUCUACUCCUCCAUGAGAGGUCCAGAAGGUGGCAACACGAGAACAGGCCUUUUCUGCAGUGGCUCCCCAUUUGUGGAAUGCUCUCCCCAGGGAGGCCCACCUGGCGCCUUCAUUAUUCACCUUUAGGCACCAGGCGCAAACGUACCUCUUCUCCCAGGUCUUUGGCUAAUUGACAUCCGAUACCCUUUUCUUAUCCAACAUAAUAAUGGGAGUAAAUGUUGUUUCUUCAGUUCCCUUUUUGAAAACCUGUAUAGAAUAAAGACAUGGAGUUAAAAUGAGUACUGAAAAAACCCAACCUAACAUGUCCUGAAGGUUUUGCGUCUUAAAUGAACAGACAAAUGUGAAACAAAAAAUGGCAAGCAAAAACAAUGGAGAUCAGAGAGCAAAUUAAAAUACAUUAGAAUAGGCACGUGAAAAUAGAUAAGCCUUGCAGCUCUGGAAGUGUAGGAGGGACUGGAUCCUACUAAUAUCAGGGGGCAGUGAAUUCCAAAGAUAAGGCACCGCCAAAGAAAGCAGACAGCGGCAUGAGACAUCAGAUGCAGUUUUUGGUCUGACUGGGAGACGGGCACCAGAAGAGCUCAGAGGCAUAGAGAAAGACAGACAAUAAGCAGUAGCUGAAGUGAAUUUAAUAGAGGAAAGCGAGUGCAUAGGAAGGCAAAAAGAUAUUUACAAAAGGAAGCAAUGCCCAAAGAGCUGCAAAGAAUGGAUACCAGUGGUUUUAGCAAAGGGAAAAAAUAACAAAAAGGGCAAUGUAAUAAUCUAGUCUGCUUCUGCAUAGCUGCAGUCUAACAUUACAGUACUGUGGUCUGCUAGUUCAUACACAGCUGUAUUGUUUCAUUCUAUUCGCUGUGUGGGUCCUUCUGGUAACAUGGAAGCUUAUAUAUGUCAUUAAUGGAUAUCUCCAGGAAUAUUCAGCAUUGGAAAGGGCCAGUCUAAGUAGGCAUUAGAAAUCACAACAUGGCAAGGGUCCUCACUUGUGGAUGAGUUAACAUGUAGACAAACCCUCAUACUAGGAUCAGUGGUAAGUGGAAGAACAUUUUUAGACCUGUGUGCAGUGACAGUCACAGGUGGUAGUUCUGCUGCCCUCAAGGUAUUGGGGGGCGGGCAGCCUGGUAGAGGGAAUUCUUUCUGGAAUUCAUUAUGGAAUUCCCUCCCCACAGAGGUGUGUCUAGAACCUUAAUUGUAUAGUUCCUGCUAUAUGCUAAAUACGCACCUCAUUGGCAUUCACCUGAGAUGUAUAUUGUCAAGACCCACCCUAUUCCUGUGUUUGCUAUUUAUUUUAAACUGGUUUUAAAUAUUGUUCCCUAUUGGGGAUGGGGCACACUGCCAUUGCAGUUUCAGCCCUGUCCUCUGACCAGUGAUGUCAGCUGAUGGGCCAGUGGGCGUGGCUUGAGGGAAAAGAGCCAGAUAUACUUCUUUGCUCACUUCGGGUCCUGUAAACAUUUAAAAAGCUGGUUUUCUGGUUGUAUGAUAACUAAUGACUUUCAGAAUCCCCAGGAGGUCCAUGUCAAUCACAUUGAAGAGUGACAUUGGAGAGGCAAGGAGCAGGUCAGCUUGUGAUAAAACAAAAAUAAGUCGUAUCAGAUGCAUGCCAAGACCACAUGCUGCUUCCAUUCUGCACAGGCUUCCUUCGCCUCUAUUUAUUGUAGAAUUAGAAAGUUCACAUAAACAUGAAAUGUCAACCUACCAAUUUUAUUUUAUUUUAGGCUGGAAUGAAAUACCGAAACCUGAUCCUGAAGCCUGGAGGCUCAUUAGAUGGAAUGGACAUGCUCCAAAACUUUUUAGGUCGCAAGCCAAACCAAAAAGCCUUUUUACUGAGUAAAGGAUUAUAUACUUAAUAAAACUAUGGUCUCCUUGUAAUCAGAUGUCACCUGGGGGAAUUAGUCUUGAAAUGCCUGUUGGUUUCAUGUCCUGAAAGGUGAAAGCACAAGAGUUUCUCAUCAGCAAAGAUCUAAUUGUUUUUUCUAAUGUUUUUAUUACUGCUUUUCAAAGUUCAUAAUUCUCACUGUCGCCUCAAAAUCCACACUAAUUUUUGUAAUGUACUUUUCUGAAACUCUUGCUUUUUUAAUUAGUAAAUUAUAUGUGGAAUGUGAUGAAGUCAUAAAAUGAAAACAACAUUGUUGUAUUUUUUUUAAUCAGGUACAGGUGUUGAAUAAAUACAACAU